AUGCUUGAGAUGUUUGAGAAAGACGAUACAGACAUGCAAAGCUCCAGCCCAGACUUUGUGCCUUUGGUCCGGUAUGAGACCCUGAGGAAAGAGCUGGAGUCCCUGCAGGAUCGCUUAUACGAGGCCCAGGCUUCUCAAGAGGCCUCCAGCAAUUCAGAAGAGUCGCAGGAUAAGGAGGCCCAGAAGGGAGGUGUGGAGGGGGAGGGCGCCCAAGCCCUGAGGGAGAAGGUGGAGGAGCUGGAGCAGCAGCUGACCUCCUCCAGGGCGGAGGUGGAGGAGCUCAAGGAGCAGAUGGAGCUGGGGGUCUUCUCUGUGGAGGGGCCCACGAGCUCCACCACCGAGCAGGAGGAGGAGGAGGUGGGGGGGGGGGGCGGCCAGGAGGAGACGCAGCAGCUGAGAGCGAGGGUGAGGGAGCUGGAGGCGGCGCUGGCCAACAGCGGGCUGGGGGAGGGGGGCGGGGCGAGCCAGGACAGUGACACCAUCCAACAGCUGAGGGCCAGAGUCGAGGAGCUCCAGGCUGCCCUGGCGGAGCGGGGGUCCUCGGGCGACAGAGGAGACGGAGACGGGGACGAGGCGGAGGCGCCGCAGCUCAGGGACACGGUGAGCCGUUUAGAGGCGGAGCUGGCGGAGAGCAGGGCGUCCGGGCGGGAGGAGAGGGGCGGCGGCGGCGGCGGCGGUGGCGGCGGCGGCGGCGGCGGCGGUGGCGGCGGCGGCGGCGGGGACGGGGAGCUGGUGCGGCGGCUGCAGGGGCGCCUGGGCGAGCUGGAGGGCCAGCUGAGGCGCAGCGUGCCACGCUCGGAGCUGGAGGAGGUGCAGGUGAACCUGGGCGUGCAGUGCGAGCAGCUGGCCCGGGAGAGGGCCGAGGUGGCCAUGAGGCUGAACACGGCGCUGCUGGAGCUGGAGAGGCUCCGGCCGUCCCCGCACCGCGGGGAGGAGGAGGAGGAGGAGGAGGAAGAGGACGACGAGGAUCGCUCCGAGGGCUCGGAGCCGUCCAUCGCGUCCGAGCCGGGCCGGCGGACCCUGGCGUCGGUGCGGGAGGAGCUGGAGGUGGCGCGGCAGGAGGCGGCCCAGGCGCUGGACUGCCUGUGUGCCGAGCGCGAGGGCCGGGCCCAGGAGGCGCUGCGGGCCUCCCCGGACGCCGCGCUGGCCCUCUCCAAACACAAGGAGGCGCUGUCGGCCGUGUCGGAGCAGCUGGCCCAGAGCCUGCGGGAGCUGCAGGGGGAGAAGGCCCAGAGGGGGCGGGACGGGGAGCGCAUGGCCCAGCUGGAGGGCCAGCUCCAGGGUCUGCAGGACGCGGUCCCCAAGGAGAAGCACCAGACCGCCCAGGCGGAGCUCCAGCGCACCCUGCUGGCCAGCGAGCAGGCUGCGGCCGCGGCACGGGAGGCUCUGAGUGAGAAGGACAUGGAGCUGAGGGAGCUGAAGGGCCAGAAGGCGGCCGAGCAGGGCCUGAUCUCCAAGGAGCAGCACGAGGCCCAGCGCCUCGCCCUGCAGGCCGACAUCAACUCCCUGACCGCCCGCUUCAACGAGCUCACGCGCAAGCACGAGAAGACCUGCACCGAGGUGUUCCAGGUCCAGAGGGACGCGCUGUUCAACAAGAGCGAGCGGCAGGUGGCUGAGGCCCAGCUGGCCACGGUGCAGAAACAGAUGAGCGACCUGCAGGCCCAGUCCACCCACGUCCAGGAGCUCCACAAAAACAUCCAGGAGUCCCAGGGCCAGGUCAAGGAGAAGGACCGCAAGAUCACCGACUUGUCCAAGGAGGUGUUUCGCCUGAAGGAGGCGCUGGGAGCCCUGUCUCCUCCUCUAGGCAUCUCCUCCUCCUCCUCCUCCUCCCCCUCUCCCUCUAACCUCUCGCCCGCUCAUCAUAACAAUCCCGGGCAACAGGUGGCGCUGCAGAACAGAGUGGCCAUACUCACACAACAGCUCCAGGAUUGGGAGAGAAGACACAAGCAGGUGGUUGCAGUAUACCGUUCCCAUUUACUGUCAGCUGUGCAGGGGCGCAUGGACGAGGACGUGCAGAGCUUACUCCUCCAGAUCCUGAAGAUGACACACAAGGAGCAGGGUCACUGACCCUGACCCUCCAUCACCACCACCACCACCACCACCACCCCACACUGGAGCUUCCAGUGUGGGGUCCCAUCUAUCAUCCCCCAGGAGACGACCACUAGACGACUAGAUACAUAGAGAAACACCCAACCAAACCCCCGUGUCCUGAAUCUGCAUGCCUUGGUUAAAGUAACGCACAAUGCAAUGAUCUAAAAAACAAUCCCUGAACCUUAACCAGGACAGAGGGAAUACAAGAUAAGGUGAAGCAAUACGAUUACAAAGUGCCUUUGGGGCGAAUGUAUGUUCUUCCUGGUGAAAGAACGAUGACAUUUGAUUGAUUAUUUGUAGAUAAAUAGCGAAGGUAUUCAUUGUGUAAUAGGAAAACUUUUUCUACAAUGUUGUUUUAAUAAAAAAAAACAAUCAGAAUAAA